AUGACCCCUGGCCCGAUCUACAUCGACGAACCGGUCGCCCUUGCUACCAUCAUCAAACACUUCGCUCAGGAGGACCGAAUGGAUUGGAUAAACCAGCUGUCGAAUGCCAUGCUCAAUAACCAGAUGAACGGAUACGUGCUCGAGUGGCAGGUGAUAUUUCUGUUCUUGGAGCACUUCGGUGGCGUCUAUACCCCCAUUGACCACGCAUUCGAGUUAUCUGACUUGCCAGAAUGGAGCUGGCUCAAAGACCGAAAGGUGACUUUGGUCGGCGUCAAGCACAUGGGCGGCUCUGACUAUCGCUCGUUCUCUGUGAACUGGGACAAAGCGCCUCAUCUCCCUUUUGGCUACGAUGCUCCUUCUGGCGACAAGAUGGCCUCUGCACUGGAACGCUGCAACGGAACUGCUUUCUUUCGCCCCGACCCGUUCUGUCAUCCUGAUGUCCUCCUCACCCUCCGAGACGAAUACGGGAACUUGAUUGGUGUUCUUGUUCAGGCUAAGCUGAGCUCUGGGAAGGGUACUAUAGUGUCGCAUAUCUCGAAGGCUGUUUUCGACAAGGCCGUUAGUUCAUUAGAGCCGAAAAAUAUAUACUCCAGGAAAGCCUCGGAGGCUCCCCUCGGAGAGAAUGGAACUCCUGUCAAGCGUCCAUCACAGAAGGUCAAAAAUAGGGUGCUUCAGGCCUUCGACAAGAUGCUGGAUGCUACCAACGGCGACACAGUACGUGGGGCUUCUUCCCUUCCACGGCGCAACCCUCGGCGUUCGACUCGUCACCAAGAACGUGUGCCUCCGAAAUGGUUGCGUGUGUUGGCCAUUGGACCGGCCAGCGCGGAUCGUUACUUCGGCGAGGAAGCUCGCAAGCCGCAUCCUUACCCUUUGCUUUUGGUCAAGAACGAGCGUAUGGUCCAACUAUUUGGAGCGAAUUGGUGGAAUUCGACGAGACAGAACGUGUCUGUCGACCCAUUCUGAGCUGAUUUCCAUCUGCUCGUUCAUCUCUUCAGUCUCUACGUCCCAUCGCUCUCAAUUAUGAGUAUGUGCUGGUACUACUUUAUGCUUUCAGCCUCAUGCUUAGACGGUUUUGAGUCUUUCACCGUAAUCUUUUUGUCGUACCUGUUUCUCG